UACGGAAGCGCUUUGGUGGGUCACGUGUCCCUGGUUUACAGCAUGGUGCAGGAGAAAUGGCUCUCAUUCACGUUCUGAAGUCUUUAAACGGAGGUCAUCUCAAUCUGUUUCAUUCACACGCCAGGCUUUGUGCUUGUGCUUUGGUGAACAGCUCAUCCCAGAUUCGCGGAUAUGCAAAAAAGCCUGCUGCUAAAGGAAAAGGAAAGGGCAUGGUGAAGGAUGUUCUAAAGGGCCCAGAUGUGUGUAAGAACCCGGAGAGGUUGACCUCCUAUGCUGUGGGAGUAAACAUCUACAAACAAGGAGAAGAUCCACCACUGAAGCCGAAAGAGGAAUAUCCAGCAUGGUUGUUCGAGCUGAACCUCGGUACGGUGAAAAAACUUCAUGAGCUGGAUCCGGAGAGCCACGAAUACUGGAAGCGUUUGCGGAAGGAGCACAUCUGGCGUUUCAACAAACUGCACAAAGGAAAGAAAAUCUGACGGACACACUUGUUUAUCUUUGAGGAUCUUUGCGGCGAGAACGUGAAGGUGUCUGAUCGAUGCAGGUCACAUCAUGAUCUGCCUUAUGAGAAGCUGAUCUGUUGAUCGUGUGAGAAUUGUGCUUCUGUGGGACUCGCUCGUGUCGGUCAACACUUACGCCAAGUACUGUGUUUAUUAUCGCAUUACCAUCAGGAGCGAAUAUUACUGAAUGUACAGGAAAUGUACACUGAAGAAUGUCUAUUCAUCCUAAUGGUUUUUUUUUGUAUAUAAAUAAAAAUUGACAUUGUUCUAUAA